GGGGCACGUCGGCGCCGCCCCUCCUCCUUCGCCUCCGCCGCCACCGCGGCUUCCUGGGUUGAGUCGCCCGUGGCCCAGCGGCGCCAGGUGUGUCCGCCCCUCCGGACUUUUGCGCGCUCUCACCGCUGCCGCUGCCGAGAUGGCGACGCGCUCCUGCCGGGAGAAGGCUCAGAAGCUGAACGAGCAGCACCAGCUCAUCCUGUCCAAACUGCUGCGGGAGGAGGACAACAAGUACUGCGCCGACUGCGAGGCUAAAGGUCCCCGAUGGGCUUCCUGGAAUAUUGGUGUGUUUAUUUGCAUCAGAUGUGCUGGAAUUCAUAGAAAUCUUGGGGUUCAUAUAUCCAGGGUCAAGUCAGUCAACCUAGACCAAUGGACACCAGAACAGAUACAGUGCAUGCAAGAUAUGGGAAAUACUAAAGCAAGACUACUCUAUGAAGCCAAUCUUCCAGAGAACUUUCGAAGACCACAGACAGAUCAAGCAGUAGAAUUUUUCAUCAGAGAUAAAUAUGAAAAGAAGAAAUAUUAUGAUAAAAAUGCUAUAGCUAUUACAAAUAUUUCCUCCUCUGAUGCACCUCUUCAGCCUCUAGUAUCUUCUCCUUCUCUGCAAACUGCUGUUGAGAAAAACAAAUUGGAGAAAGAAAAGGAGAAGAAAAAGGAAGAGAAAAAGAGAGAAAAGGAGCCAGAAAAGCCUACAAAACCACUUACAACUGAAAAGCUACAGAAGAAAGAAGAUCAACAAUUGGAGCCUAAAAAAAGUACCAGCCCUAAAAAAGCUGCAGAGCCCACUGUUGAUCUUUUAGGACUUGAUGGCCCUGCCGAGGCACCAGUGACCAACGGGAACACAGCCGCGCUGCCGGCCCUGGGUGAUGACCUGGACAUCUUUGGCCCGAUGAUUUCUAACCCUUUGCCUGCAGCUGUCAUGCCCCCAGCUCAGGGGAAUCCCUCUGCACCAGCAGCUGCUGCCCUGUCUGCAGUCACAUCUGGGGAUCUGGACCUGUUCACUGAGCAAACUACAAAACCAGAAGAAGUAGCAAAGAAACAGCUCUCCAAAGACUCCAUCUUAUCUCUGUAUGGGACGGGGACCAUUCAGCAGCAAAGCACUCCUGGUGUGUUUAUGGGACCCACAAAUAUACCAUUUACCUCACAAGCACCAAGCACAUUUCAAGGUUUCCCGGCGAUGGGUGUGCCUGCGGCUCCUGGCCUCCUGGGAAAUGUGAUGGGUCCAAGCACAAGCAUGAUGGUGGGCGUGCCCAUGCCCAACGGGUUCAUGGGAAAUGCACAAACCGGCGUGAUGCCCCUUCCUCAAAAUGCUGGUGGCUCCCAAGGAGGAAUGGUGGGGCAGAUGGGGACGCCCCAGAGUAAGUUCGGCCUGCCACCAGUGCAGCAGCCCCAGUGGGGCCUUUCUCAGAUGAACCAGCAGAUGGCGGGCAUGGGCAUCAGCAGCGCCAGCUCCACGCCGGGCCCCGGCCUGCCCCCCAGCACCACGGCGGGCUGGCCCGGGAGCUCGUCGGGCCAGACGCUGAGCACGCAGCUGUGGAAGUGAAGUCAGUGAAGCUCCAUGCAGAAUGAACCCCUGACAUUCCUUGCUAAAUGCGUCUAGUUCCCCUGUUCACUCAUGUACAUACAAUUCUGUUCUCUCUCCCCGCACGGUUCGUAGUAACAAUGACCUGAUCGACCGUGGUGGUCCGUACUGAUUACAUUUUGAUGUGGUGAAAGGCAGGUUGAGAAACCAUUUUAUGUCAAGGGCAGCUCUGCUCAUAUUUCUCAUGAUUUCAUAGCCACAUUAUUUGAGAAGCUGCCCAGUCAACUUGCAUAAUCAGUUUUAGUCUCAAUAAAAUUAUAGCUCUAAUGUUUGCAUAUAAGGGAAGUAGUAUGUUAGUAAUACCUCUAACAGUAUAAAUCCCUCCCCAAAUUAGCCAGUAAUCUGUAGGAAGGUACUGUAUGAUCAAAUGUUUAAUCAUAUAAAUAGAAUGUAAAUGUAUCACUAAGCACUGUUUUCUAGUGUAUCAAAAUCCUUUUAUUUUAUCAUUCACCUCACUGUGCUAUUGUUACGAUGUGCUUAACAAGGAACGUGGUUAGUGAAAGGAAGAUAAACCUGGAUGUUAUUAUAGAACUUAAUGAAUGUUAAAAGAAUUCAAAUUUUAUCUGCCUCUUCAGUUUGGAUCUCUAAUGUACAUAGUGCUAAAACAUGAAGACCUUUUUCUGCACUAUAUGCUAACAGGGUAACUAAAACAAAGCUACUUUCAAUCCUUGAGGGUAUAUCCAGGUUUAUGACAGUAAUUGUGUUUACAUUUUAUGGUGCCUAGUAUUGACAAAAUGUUAUUUCCCUAUAUUAAACAGAUGAAUCCAUA